AUGGUCGCACAAUCUUUCGCCGCCUCGGCGAGCAUAUCAUAUACCCAUCGCUCGCAUACUCGACCGUCCACAUCCACGCUGGCCAGAGCAGUCUCUAAAUCCGCCCUUCUUCUCACCGCAGCGCUACCACUGGCAUCGGCAUCCAUCUCCAACUUCCCCAGCAUCGACUUUGAUCUUCUCGGCGCUGUCAGCAUCGCCGGCUCCUUUGCUGGCAUCCAGCUAUGGAAUCAAACCGGCUCCUCCACCACUCCCAACGCCACCUAUGAUCCAGCUGCAUCCUCUCUCCUCUCUCGCGCCAGCAAUGGCACCGUCUCCUUCAUCAGUGCCACCGAAGAGGGCGGCACCAUCCACGCAAUCUGCCAGAUGCAGUCCUCGCCUAAUACCGUCUUUGUUGCUGGCAACUUUUUCUCAAUAGGCGGCACCGCGGUCAGCAACAUUGCAUCCUACAACCCCACCACCAAAGCUUUUGACAGCAUGGCCGGUGGCCUGGACGGCACUGUACAGGCUCUCUACUGUGACAACGACCAACAGCAGCUCAUCGUCGGCGGCUCCUUUUCCGGCCCCGUCGAUGGCAAGACCGAUCGAUAUCUUGGCAAUGUAGCGCAAUGGGACGUUUCCGCCUCGGCAUGGAAUCCGGUCAGCUUUGGCGGCCUCGACGGCACGGUCAACACCAUCACAGCCGGAGGCAACGCGUCGCUGGUACGGUUCGGAGGCAGCUUCGACACCCGUUUCGCCUCGGCAGGCGCCAAUGGCAUCCCCUCCGGUACCAACACCUCGGCAUCUCCCCUCACAGCCGCCCUCACUCCCCUCUCUCUUGGGCAAGUCGAAUUCGUCGGUGGGCCCAGCUCCAAAAGCGCUGGCUACGACAACCCAGCUCAGAUCCUGUGCCCGCAAGGUGCAGACGGAAGCGGCAACUCGUAUCUUUUCGAGGAUGGUGUCGAUGGCCGACUCACUGCUCGUGCGUUCCGCGCUCUCAAUGUGCGCGCCAUUCGGCUCGGCAAUACCUUCGUUGACGGACGUGGCACGCGCACCUUUGGCAUCGUCUCGAUCCCCGACAACACCGAGCUCGAGCUUAUCUACCUCGACCCGGCUACCAAUCAGAAUGUCACAUGCACCACCAACUGCACUCUUGCCCACGAUGCAGCGCUCCCCUACCAAGACUUCUUGAUCGCAGACACACCCGCCAACAACGCACCUGGCGGCGUCAAAGAGCUCACCGGCAUUCAAUUCACCGCCACCGAGUACUACGGCGCUGGUGCCGGUCUUCACGUCCUCGAACUCCUUUCCGAGGGUGGAUGGGCGUACGCCUACAAUGCACUCAACCGCGGCGGCUGCAGCUCGGAUCAGAGCGGCGUCAGCGGCACCGACUCUUCGGCCACAAACCAAGGCGGCUGGUACCCAAGCACGAUCAACACGCUCGCUGGCACAACGGAGCCCGUACUCGCCUACACAGACUCGUACAGCAACCUGCAAUCUGCUUCAUCAUCAGCCACCGUCACCUUCGCCGUCGACAUCCCGGUCAAUGGCAACUACACGGUCAACAUGUUUGUCCCCGGAUGCAGAGCCAGCGGACAGUGUGGCCAGCGCACCGAUGUCCAAGCCAACGUCUUUGCCGUCGAAGGAUCUCAGGGCAAUCUGACGCGCGUCUCGCAGACGAAUGAGAACGACCGGACCGUUCAGAUCUACAGUGGCGAGGUCAACAAGGUCGCCGAAGGGUUUCAGCCCACCGUCGUGCUGUCCAUCCCGUCCGAUGCACCGGCGCCCUCGGACGGCGGCGACUUUACCGUCAUCGCCGACAAGGUGAGCUUUCUGCUGCUCAACAGCAACGAGACGCUCCAGAUGGCGCGAGCCAGCGGUUUCGGCGUGCUCGAGUACAACCUCUUCGAUUCUGCCGUCACCGCCCUUCAGAGCAACGGCACUGGCACGCUGCCCAAUACCACCAUGACCGACAUCGACACCUUUGCAGCAACGCUCUACUCGAACGGCGUGCGCAGCAAUGCCAGCGACACCGCCGUCUCCGCCAUUGCCUCGGUCGGGUCCCGCACCUUUGUCGGUGGCUCGUUCACAUCGACCGGCAACGUCAGCUUCGCCAAUGUGGCUGGCUUCUCAUCCGAUUCGACGGGCAGGACACCCAUCGAGAUCGCGAAUGGCGGUCUCAAUGGUCCUGUCGAGGCCCUUGCUAGCCUCGGCAAUGCGCUUUACGUCGGCGGCAGCUUCACCAGCACGGCCGACAGCGCGGUCACCGUCUCGUACAUUGCUCGCUACGAUCCGGACAACAAUGCUUGGACUGCGCUCGGCGGAGGUCCCGACGGCGCCGUCACUGACCUCUACGCGCUCGGCCCCGAUGCCCUCCUGAUUGCCGGAUCCUUUGCGACCGUCAACGGGACUGGCCAGAGCGGUGGGUACGCUGUUUGGAACGCCACCGCCAACGGAUGGCAGACGCAGUCCAGCUUUGUCGCCGCCGAAAUGACGGCUGCCUUUGCGAACUACGCCGACAGCAAUCAGCAGGGCUUCCUGGCUGGCAGCGUCCGCGCACUGAGCCUCCAGUCUGCCUCGGGCGCUGCGCAGCUUCAGGCACCUGCUCAGUCCGGCGAUCUGCCUACAAUCGAAUCACUCAAUUUCCAGUUCGCAUCGCAAUCGGGCUCCUCCGCGUCCGCCUCGUCGUCCGCAAGCCUUUCGCGGAGGUUCAUUGUCAACGGCGUUCGGUCACAGCAGCCGCAGCAGCACCAGCAGCAGCGACGACAAGCCGAGAAGAGAAGCGAGGACCAAGAACGCGCUUCCUCUGGCUUGGGCGCCAAGUUGCGCUCGCUGCUCGCAAGGUCGCCUUCGAGUGGUCGCCGAUUCGAGAAGCCCUCAUCGCAAGCGUCAUCCCUGACCAAGCGCGCCCCCAUCAUGCUGCCUGCCUCGCUCACGUCAGACGGUCAGAAUGAGGUGCUCGCCAGUGCCUUUUGGCAACGCGACGACGGCUCGUUCGUCAACAUUCUCGGAGGCAACUUUACCACUACCGCUGGCAUCCGCAACCUCGCUUUCUACGACGAUUCCACCAGCACCGCAACAGCCUUCCCUGCACAACCGAUCACUGCGAACCAGCAGGCCAUCACGGUCGUCCGCUCCUUGUUCGUCGACUCGGACAUGCUCUACGUCGGCGGAGAUGGCGGCUUCGAGGCCUACGACUUGAAAAAGGCAAGCUGGCUCACCAACAGCGCACCUCUCUCGGCCACCUCCCGUCAAGUUCUUUCCGUGACGGCGAUCAACCACCGCCCAGACUCGACGCAGCUCAUCGUGUCUGGCAGCUUCGCAUCCGCCGGAUCCCUGCCAUGCCUCAACGUCUGCCUUUGGGACAGCGACGGCAUGCGCUGGAGUCCCUUGGGCGCUGGUCUUAGCGGCGAGAUCUCGGCGAUCGACUACGCCGGCAACAAAGCGAACCAACUCAUCCUCGCAGGUUCCUUGACGGUCAACGGAGCACAGGCUUCGCUCGCCAGCUACAACUUUGACACGCAGACCUGGACCGCCUUGGGCACGGUCGGCAGCGGCUCGAAUCAAAUCCCAGGUCCUGCUACGGCUGUCAGCGUCGACGACCUCAACGCCAACGCCAUCUUUGCCGCGGGUCGCACGGCGGACGGAAGCGGCCCGUAUCUGGUCCGAUGGGAUGGAACGCAGUAUACGGCCGUCGGCUCGGGCCAGUUCUUGUCGGACACGGGCAUCUCGCAGUUGACCUUUGUGCCCAUCUCGCGAGCCCAUCCCAGCAAUCCCAUCCUGGAAGACAACCGACUGCUCGUGGUCAGCGGAGCAUUGACGACGCAAGACUACGGCGACAUCUCGAGCGUCUUCUUCGACGGUCAGAGCUACUCGCCGUUCUUGCUCGCCACCAACCUGGAUGGCUCGUCUGGGAUCGUGCGCGCCUUCACCCGAUCGACCGAGGUGCUGCGCUUCCCGAACCUGCACCAUCUUGCCGUGGGGCUGGUGAUCCUCAUCUCGAUCGCCAUCGGACUCGGCAUUGUCUUUCUGCUCGUGCUGCUCGGUCUCAUCUGGGCCGUAGCGAGAAGACGGCCAGAACCACGCGACAUGGCCGUGCCCCUCUCGGCAAGCGAUGAGACGCUGGGUCUGGGCGAGAAGAAGCGCCCGUCCAGCUUGUUGGCGACGCUCAAUGCGGCGACCGAGAAUGCUAUGCUCGGCGAACAUGGCGGUGCGGCUGCCGGGAUGGGUGCCGCCGCUGGUGCUGGUGGCGCUACCGCUCUGGCAGCCGCUCAUCGUCGAAGGGACUCGCAGCAGUACGACACCACCGACGAGCUGUCCCCGUCGAGCUACCAUGGCGAUGCUAGCCGCAGCGGACCGAGCGCCCAACGGCAGUAUCCUGCCGACGACGACGGAGUCUCGGACGCCGAAGCUGGGUUGGGCAUGAGCAUGAUGGGCGUCAGCGGUGCGGCGGCAGCACCGGCUUUGCACGGCGACGAGGACGACUCGCCCAUGGAGGGGAUCCCAGCGCACGCGCGGUACGACUUUGCGCCCAAUCACGAAUCCGAGCUCAAGCUGGUGUCAGGCGAGCCGAUCGAGAUCUUGGACGAUCAGGACCGUCAUUGGUGGCUGGCAAGGAACGCGCAGGGUCAGACCGGUGUCGUGCCGAGCGCCUAUGUGAUGUGA